GUCUAUUUUUUCAUCGCAUUCCCCAUCCCUCCCCAUCAUCUCUUUCUCUCUCUCCAUCCUUGCGAUCCUCAUUCAUUCGAACUCAACCACCUUUCUUUUCUCCUCUCACCUGUGCCUCUUCACUAUGAGCAACUACAACAGCUCCUACAAUAACAAUAACAACGACAAUCACCAAAACUUGGGUCAGGUCCAGUCCCUGUCCUCAUAUGAGCAGCAGCCACAGGAGGAGCAGUUCAGUGAGAAGCAGGAUAGCACUAAGGUUAAGAGGAGGACGUUGAACCCCGUGAGGGCGAUGUCCCAAGGUACCCAGGUUGUUGUAGGUGGAGUUACUCAAGGAGCUCAAGUCGUGAAGGGUGGUCUUUCCUCUGUUGAGAAAGGUGUCACACAAGUGGGCACAAAGCUUACCAAGGUUCCUGGGAUCAGCACGGGCGUUUCGUUCUUUGCUGAUUACCGCAAGUUCAUGGAUCGAGGCAAUGUCAUUGACCUGGCAGUUGCUGUUGUUAUUGGUGCUGCUUUCACUGCUAUUGUCACCAGUUUGGUAACUGACAUUAUCACGCCUCUGAUCGCCCUCGCUACGGACAAGAACCUGGAAGAGAACUUUAUCGUCCUGCGCUACAAUCGCGAGAAUGGUACUUCGGAAGCAAUGGUACCUCCUGCCACUAGACAGCAGGCAAAGGAUAGCGGCCACAUUACUUGGAAUUGGGGCAACUUUUUGCAAACAGUCAUCAACUUCUUUAUCGUCUCCGCAUGUAUCUUCCUCAUUGUCAAAGUGUACGAGAUGGGCCGUAACAAGACGAAGGAUGUAACGGAAAAGAAGUGCGACUACUGCCUCAGGAGCAUUCCCUUGAACUCGGUCCGAUGCCCCAACUGCACGACAUGGCUUGAUUGGGAUGCAUGCUCCAAGACUGCAAAUAUGGAGCGCAUGGCCGCAACUGCAGCAGCAGCGCCCAUUGUCCCAGGAGGACCCACGGCGCAGGCGCCCUAUGCGAGCUACCCUGCAAACAAUAAUGUUAUCACCCAUCCUUGAGAGUUAGCAAAUAAAAUCAGCGAAU